AAUGUUCUGAUUUCAAUGUCAAUUUAGAAUUUUCUUAAUAUAUUUAUAAAACAACAUUAUUUAACCUAUACAAAAAUGUUGCGCACUAUUUCAAUGUUGAAAUCCUUGAAGCCCUGCUUAAACUUGUGUCGAUUUGCUCAUGUGAUACCCGAACAUUUAAAAGGUAUCGCUGAAUCAAAAAAUCCCGAAUUUUCUGCUAUGAUUCAAUACUAUUUCCACAAUGCUGCACAAAUUAUGGAAAAGGAUAUGAUUGAAUACCUGGGAAAAUAUCCUCAGAUGAAGCCAGAAGAAAAAGAAAACCGUGUUGCAGUUAUUCUAAAUAUGAUUGGAAAUACAAGUUGUUGUUUGGAAAUAAACUUUCCCAUAACGAAGAACGACGGAAAAUAUGAAAUUAUAACUGGGUAUCGAGCACAUCAUACUUAUCACCGAUUACCUUUGAAAGGAGGUAUUAGGUACGCAAUGGACGUAGAUUUGGAUGAAGUCAAAGCCUUGUCCUAUUUGAUGACAUUCAAAACAGCUUGUGUCAAUGUACCUUUUGGAGGUGCUAAAGGAGGUGUACGAAUCGACCCAAAAACAUACUCUGCUCGUGAUCUCCAAAGAAUUACACGACGUUACACUACAGAACUGCUCAAGCGUCAUAUGAUCGGUCCAGGUAUAGAUGUACCGGCUCCAGAUUAUGGUACAUCGGCAAGGGAAAUGUCUUGGUUGGCAGAUCAAUACCAGAAAACAUUCGGUUAUAUGGACAUAAAUGCAUUAGCUAUAGUAACAGGUAAACCGAUUCAUAAUGGUGGCAUUCGUGGUCGAGAGGCAGCCACAGGAAAAGGGGUAUGGAAAGCAACGGAUAUGUUCUUGAACGAUGAAGAUUGGAUGAAACUGGUUGGUUUAAAAACAGGAUGGAAGAACAAAACAGCUAUCGUACAGGGUUUUGGUAAUGUUGGAAGUAAUACUGCAAAGUUUGUUCAUGAAUCUGGAUGCAAGGUAAUUGGUAUUAAGGAAAUGGAUUGUUCGUUGUUUGAUCAGAAAGGAAUUGAUAUACCGGCUUUGAUUGAAUAUAAGAACCUUAAAAACACAAUUAAAGGAUUUCCGAAAUCCAAAGAAACUACGAAUGAUCUUUUGAUUGAAAAAUGUGAUAUUUUAUUUCCCUGUGCGACUCAUAAAAUAUUAAACGCUGAUAAUGCUAAUAAAGUUCAAGCCAAGAUUAUUUCUGAAGGUGCUAAUGGUCCAACAACGCCUGCAGCUGAUAAAAUUCUUAAAGAGAAGAAUGUCCUUAUGAUACCAGAUCUCUUUUGCAAUGCUGGUGGUGUGACAGCAUCUUACUUUGAAUACUUGAAGAAUAUAAAUCAUGUAUCAUUUGGAAAACUCAGCAGUAAACGCGACCAAAGGAUGAUUGAUGAAUUACUUAACUCAAUAACAGAAUCCCUUCAAGAAGGUGGAAAGUGUCUUAAAAUGCGCCCUAAUGAAGCUCUACAAGAACUACGAGAUUGUAAUACAGAAGCUGAAAUUGUAGAUUAUGCUCUGCAGUUUGUUAUGGAAACAUCAGCUAUUGGUAUAAUGGAGACGGCAAAUAAAUAUGAACUUUGUAAUGACUUGCGAACUGCUGCUUACAUUUGGGCUAUUUGGAAGAUCUUUAUGACAAUAGAAAGUUCGGGUCUAUCUAUGUAAAACAUUUUCUUAGGGAAUAUAUCAUCUUUUCUUUAUACAAAUAAUUAUUUUUAUGUGAAAUAAAUAAAAACCAUUC